GUGCCAGACCAAGUGCGAGGGCCUCCACCAGCUGACGCAGCUCUACAACCGGAGUCAGCGCUGUAAACGGGCCAGGUGCAAAGACGAGUGAACCCGUAAUCGAAAGGGAAACCCAAACCCAACCAUGUCUCAAGCAGGAGUUGCGGAUCUGAGCUACACCCCCGGCGACCUGAUCGAGCCCCAGUACCGUCUGCCCUCGCACCAGCUCCUCCUCGACCAGAAGCACUCGGAUCCGGCGGACAGCCUGCCCCUGAGUCGCCUCACCUUGGACCAUCGGGACACGCAGCCGAUCAAGUACCGGGAGCCGCUGGGAUCUGCGGCCGGACGACAGUUUCCGGCCCUGGCAGAGGCCCAGAACCGAUACACGGAUCAUUUGGAGCGCAGCAGUGUGGUCAGCUUCGAUCCCGGCAAGGACCUCAUCUCCCUGCCGACCGUCAAGUUCGAGAAGUACGACGCGGGGAACUCGGAUCCGGACCUGAUCAGGAAGAUGCCGCUGCACUCGAUCACCGAGAAGCCGAACGAGCGGUGUCCGUCGCCGGUGGUGCCGGCCUACGCCAACUUCGAGCUGGCCAAGAGGAUGCACCAGGACAACCUGGACCACCAGCCGCUGCCGGACUGUGUGGCCGAUCUGGCCUUCCGGCGGGCCCAGAUCUCCGGCGGACAUGCCGGCCUCUCGCUGGAAAUCGAUCCGAUCGCCACCGGCGUUGGCGUGAAGACCCACAACGCCGGCCCGACGCACUGCACCAAGAUGAAGGUGUUCCGGCCCAAGACGGGCGGCGGCAUUGUGCCCAAGGCGAUCGGUGGGGGGGAUCCCUUCCGGGGCGUGGGCUCGGCGCCGGCCAAGAAAAUGGGUCCCAUGGAUCUGGCCAUCUGCUGGGACUUCAAGCCCGCCAAUCCCGCCGACGAGCCGCGUCUGGCCCGGCACAUCGACGGCUCCAACGACUCCGCCGGACCGGCGGUCUUCACGUGCGUGAAAACGCCUCGAGAGGAUCAGGGCGCCAUGGACUUGGGCCGCUCGGCGGGCGUCUUCACCAGCACCCUGGGCGAGGCGGACUUCUUCGACAAGGACAUACUCCGGAAGCGAACGGACUUCGGGGGAGCUCGUCUGGACCGGGAGGAUCCCUGUGCCUGCGACUACUCCCCGCCGGCCAGGCAACGAGCUCGCAGCGUCUCCCGGGACUCCAGUGCCUCCCACUGCCGUCGACCCGGAGGCCUGGGUUCCGGAGCAGGCGGGGCGGCUGGCGGGGUCAGCUUUGGGAAUCUCACGGAGCUCCCCGGGCGGGGGAUGCCUGAUAGACUGGCCAAGCAAUACCAAUCCUCGCCCCUGCUGGGCGACAAAGCCUACCAGGCACUGCGGGAGAAAUACCUGGGACCGGAAUCUGGACAGGAUUGUCCGGCCAUGGACUGCCGCAACUCGGGAGGACCUCCUUGCAAGAGGGACACCCUACUCCGGCGACCGGCACGUCGUCUCUGCCACAAGGUGGCGCCGGCUCCGUCACGUUGCUGUCCAGGACCGACGUUUCCCGGCCAUGGACACGGCCACGGGCACGGACACGGUCAUUGUCUAACCAGCAAGGCAGCCUUCCGGGCCGGAGUGCCCAAGCACAAUGCCAGCGGGGACUUUGUGGGCGUGGAUGCCGACUGCGGCGGCGGCAUCGGCGGCUCCCGGGUGCUGGUAGUGCCCCGCCCCCGCCAGCCGUACUCCAAGAAGAACUACGACAUCGACACCCUGGUGCCGCCAUUCCGUAGCCAGGCGGGCGGAGCCGGCCAGGGCGGCUAUCCGGAGCACUGGCGACUGGCGAGCGUCUACCAGCACGCCUACAAGCCGCUCGACCAGCGCCGGAGACCGCUCCUCCAAACGGUCUAUAAGUAGAGGUAUGUUUCUCCCUGAAGGAAAUCCUUGCAGG